CCAACUACCACCGCCCACCUCUUUAUUUCCUAUUUCAUCACUCAGAAAUUAAUACCUUAGGAGAGCACAACGUUGAAUUUCUUCACUCAAUUUCUUUUAAGGCUCGAUCAAUUUCCUCUAUUGAUUGCUUUCAAUGGCUCAAGAGCCCCUAAACCCAGAAGAGGUUGUUCUUGGAGAAGAGAGAGGGCAUGUUAGAUCGAUCACCUUAAACCGGCCUCGCCAAUUGAAUGUUAUCUCAUCCAAAGUGGUUAAAUUGCUAGGUGGUUUUCUAGAAAAAUGGGAAAAAGAUGAUGAUGCAAAGCUAGUGAUAUUUAAGGGGGCUGGACGUGCAUUUUCCGCUGGCGGUGAUCUAAAGAUGUUCUAUGAGGGGAAAUCAGUUGAGGAUGCUUGUCUUGAGGUUGUGUAUCGAAUGUAUUGGCUAUGUUAUCAUAUACACACAUAUAAGAAGCCCACGGUUGCCCUUGUUCAUGGAAUUGUUAUGGGUGGUGGUGGAGUACUGGUUGUUCCAUCGACUUUCUCAGUUGUGACAGAGAAGGCGGUUUUUGCUAUGCCUGAAGCAAGUAUUGGACUUCAUACUGACUGCAGCUUCUCUUACAUUUUCUCGCGCCUUCCAGGGCAUUUAGGGGAAUAUUUGGCCUUGACUGGUGCAAGGCUAAAUGGAAAAGAGAUGAUUUCUGCUGGUCUUGCAACUCAUUUUGUUCCCUCUGAGAAACUCGAAGAACUGGAGAAGCGUUUAUUGAGUCUGAAUUCAGGUGACAAGACUGCAGUACAAUCUGUAAUCGAGGAAUUCUCUCUAAGCGUCCACCCUGAUGAAGAAAGUAUCUUAAACAAGCUUCAAACAAUAAACAAGUGUUUUUCGGAGGAAUCUGUGGAGGAGAUUAUUGCAUCAUUUGAAGAUGAAUCAAGAACUGAAGGAAAUGAAUGGAUAAUCCCGGUUCUCAAAGGGUUAAAGAGAUCAUCACCAACUGGGCUGAAGAUAACUUUAAGAUCGAUCCGAGAAGGGAGGAAGCAAACUCUACCUGAAUGCCUUAAGAAAGAGUACAGACUUACUAUAAACCUGCUAAGAUCUAAGAUCUCUGGUGAUGUGUAUGAGGGCAUUCGAGCCCUUGCCAUAGACAAAGAUAAUGCCCCUAAGUGGGAACCAUCUAAACUCGGAGAAGUGGCCAAUGAGAAGAUUGACCUCGCUUUUCAGCCAUUUAGUACUGAACUGGAACUCCCAAUACCAGCUGAGGACGAAGCUCGCAGAUGGGAUGGGAAGUAUGAGCACUCAGUCUAUCCCAGUCUCAAGGGAAAGUAAUCAGAGUCUCUGUCUGAAAACGAGAGCUAAACAACAGUGGUAGGCGCCGAGCCGAACAUCAUGAUCAAUCAGCUGUUGGUUAUAUAUGUUUGGUUUAUGAUGCUGCUUUCAGUGAUUUCCUACGUGAGGCUAAUAAUGCAUCCAAAGUAUAGUUCCCAUUGUGCUCUGUUAUUGGGUUCAGGUCCAUCUCAAUUGCAUUUUAGGAUUCAGUUUCGUGUUGUGUAAUCGUCUACCAUUUGAGCUUUGAGGAUAUACCGAAUAAAGUUCUCCUUGAAAAUUUU